AUGGAGACGUAUGAUGAUUUGGAUAGGGACGAGCUUUUGCAACGUCUUGUGGCGCUCGAAAAAGAAUUUAAUGCGUAUAUAGGCGAGUCAAAGGAGCUAGAGGAGUUUCUGGAAGGCGAGGUUGAGCGGUUGACCAAGCAGGCCCAGACAUUGGAGGACGCCAACAAGAGGCUACAAGACCAGCUGGACGCAGCCAACGGCCAAAAUAUCGAGCUCACGCGGCAGAUAGGGGUUUUGGACGAUGAGAAGAGAGCAAAUGCCAGCCAACUUAACGAGAAAGUGCGAGCUCUGGAGAAAAGACUCAUAGACACAGAGGUUCUCAACGACGGCCUGGAGUCGAAGUUGCGCAUUCUGGAGUCUUCCAGAGACGACGAAGACGCACGGCUGGGCGAACUAAUGGAGCGUAUAGCGCUCUUGGAUAGCGACAAUCUUGAUAAGGACCAGCUGAUAGGCCAGCUACAGCUUCAGAUACAGGCACUUCAAAGAGAGAAUAAGAGUCUUGCGCAGCAGUGUGACAAGUACGAGAAAUUCAGCAAACUAAUGACAAUUAAUAGAACGGAAUUGAAGGUAGCCAAGUUCCAGACUCCUCCAAUUAACGAAUGA